CCGAGCAAGCCGAGCUGUAUUCGGAACUAAUUCGGAACAAUCCUAAAUUUCUGGUAGACUUGUGGCUGCAUCGGUGAUCAGAAAAUUUUGCAUCAAGUCGAAUUAGGGCGUUUCUCGAAAGUGCUGUUACGGAGCGUAGUGAAGCAGCCCUCAUGAAGCUGAAUAUUCCGACAGGAGGAUGAGCUGCGGGAACAUCGCGAUAAUGUUUGGGGAGCUUUGAGAAGUGGAGCGUUUUUAGGAGAAUUCUCUUUGCUCUGUCUUGCAGAAUCAGAAGGCAAUUUGUUUCAAAUGGGGAGUUUGGAUGUCAGCAUCGCACGCAUGAUGCAGAAGCAUGCUUACGUGUCUGCUCAGCAUCGAGAACGAGUUGAGACGGCCAAAAAAGAUGCGCUAGCUUCUGCAGCUGUAGUUUCCAACCUCUUAGUGGAAAGCGUUAACGGAGGUGUGCAACAAGCCUUCGUAAAUGAGAAGCGAAUUGAGAUGGAGGCCCGAGCGCUUGGUGUCACGAUCUCCAAGUUCGUGAAACAAACCUCGCAAUGGCUCACUGUUGUUCAUACCUUCGACACAGCACUCAAGGAGAUUGGAGAUUUUGAAAAUUGGGUCAAGACUAUGGAGUAUGACUGUGCACAGAUUGCUGGCACACUGAAGAAUGCAGUUGUAGCAAGGGAGCAAAGAUAGCCCUAACUCAUCAACUGGUAAACUGGGUUUUUGCAAUCACAAUCGGUUGUGUUAUACUAGAGAAUCUCAAAGCUUGUCAUACUUUACCCACACGACUGCAGAAGUGAGAAUCAGUAGGAUUAGAUAGCAUAAAAACAAUGAAGUUGUCAAUAUGUAUGUGUGUAACUGAUGAUACUUGUAUUUUGUGAUUAAAAUCUACAACUUUAAAGUUGUGAUAUUGUUUGUUUUGUA